AUGUACGAGGCCAUCAUCCUUCCGACAUUGCUCUAUGGAACGGAGACCUGGGCGGUCUACAAGAGGCAGGCGCGGAGACUCAGUCUCUUUCAUCUCAGCUGUCUUCGACGGAUACUGAAGCUGAGUUGGCAGGACAGGAUCCCAGACACUAAUGCAUUGGAACGGACGGGAAUCCUCAGCAUCUACGACAUGCUGAGCCAACAGCAACUGAGUUUUAGCGGUCAUUUCGUGUGGUUUGACAACGAGUGGCUGCUUAAACGACACUUCCAUGAAGAUGUCACGAGUUCCCGCUGACAAGGAGGCCAAAUCCGUCGGUACAAGGACGCUCUGAAGACCUCACUGAAGCUUCCGCAGAUCAGCCCGGCCAACUGGGAAGACCUCGCCCGAGACCGACCGACAUGGAGGACGAAAGAGAAGACAGGCGCUGCGAUCUACGAGGCAAACCUCAUCGCCGCCACGAAAGCCAAACGCGAAGCACGCAAGUCUCAGCUCUGCCCACCCUGCAGCACCAGCGCCCAACCGCCUCCAACGUGUCCACGGUGUGUGCGGACAUUACAGGCCCCAAAUGGACUUGUUGGACACCUCCGGACCGACUGUAGCACUCGGACUGCACCAACCGUCGUCCAUCCAUCCAUCUCUCCCUCGCCUCCUACGUCGUCAACCAACAUUGAUCGCUCUCCCGAGUCAUCACUGCCAUCCUCCUCCUCCUCCUCCUUCACCGUCCGAGCGUCUGCCGUUGUGGCGUCUGUCAUGCCCAUCAACACUACACACCAUCCUGACAACAACAACAACAACAACACCACAGCAACACCACAGUCGCCGACACCAGAGAUGAGGACCAGGGCUACGCUUGCCCUCACUGUGACCGCACCUUCAUCUCACAUAUCGGUCUGGUGGGUCACUUGCGAAUCCAUCGCACAGAGACUUGCGAACCGGUGCAUGAAGCACCAGCCUUCACUCGCCGCAUACGCCUCCACUCUCCACACUGCCCUCGCGCAUUCAUGCGCCGCAUGGGCCUAUUCGACCACACGCAUACACAUGAGAGCGGAAUUGACCUCAAUCGCGACACAACUAGCUCCUCCUGCACAUCCACCAUGCCUAGCACCGCUCUCACUCCGCCGUCCUGCGCGUCCACCGUCACCAGCUCCGUCACAUUCAGUGCGAACUCCACACCCACCACGCUCAGCUCUACUCACGUCCCGUCGUCCAGCGCGCCAAACACCACCACCACCACCACCACCAUCACCACCGCCACUACCACCACUGAAGGUGAUGCUGACACCGCCGACUUUUAA